GAAUAAAAUGUCCUUGUGCUGAAGAACUAUUAUGAAUUUUCAUUUUAAUGUUACGGGAUAAUGUUGUCUGGAAAAUAUAAAGGGUCCACUAAAUCAAUCGAUGUCAUUCCUGUAAAUUCUAAUCGACCAAAGUUAACGAAAUCUUGGAGUUUCAAAGACAGUAUUUUGGCACUUAGAUUUGGUCGGACAUCACUUUCAGAAACACAAGAAUCUCAGUAUGUUUCACCUAAACUGUAUCAAUUGGAAGAUCAAUUUUAUCAUCCUGCAUCUAAAUGCGAUGUAUGGCGUGCCCUUUGUCCUCAAGAAUUGCCUGAUUCUGCUGUAUAUCUAACAAAGCCAGUGUGCAAUCUGUCCAACGAAGUCUUUGCUUCAGUCACAGGUCCAAAGAAAGGUUUAGUUACUGCAAACAAAUGGCGCAAGUCUAAAAUAAAUAAUGCUAGUGAAAUUCAUCCUGGUAAUUGGGAAGUGAUAGAAAAUCGAAAAGCACAUGGACUAUCAGUAUCUUUGUAUGAAAAGAAUCUGGUGACUGGUAAAACUAACGGUGAUCCAAUUGCCGACGCAUUUGUUGUAAGAGCUCGACACGAUUCUGCAUAUUUAGCAGUUGCUGACGGAGUCAACUGGGGCACUGAAUCAAUGAAAGCAGCAAGAUCAGCAGUGUCGGCGAUAUAUGCCUAUUUGGAAUGUCAUUUGUUCGGUAGUAUGAAAGAUAAACAUGAAAUAAGAGAUACAAGAGAUGCUGCUCAAUUAUUAUUCGAAGCAUUUUCUUAUGCGCAAGAAGAAAUUGUCUCGGUGACUACUGGUUUAACAACACUUUGUGUUGCAUUAAUAUUACCUGUACUACCAAAACAGAUGGUGAAUAAAUCGAAUCCAAUAUACGAUGACGCAGCUGCUUCACCAGUUGGAAGAUCUCAAUUCGCUGUAAUCGUAGCAAGUGUUGGAGAUUGUCAAGCAUUUCUGUUGAGUAAAUUUCAUGGUAUACGUGAAAUUACCGGUUGGACACGAACAGUUCUGUCAUCUUCAGACGAUUUAAAUGGAUUAGAAUCGAAUGGAUCGAAUAAAUCGGGCAAGAUUAUUAGUGAACCACCUGCAAGAGAUUUUCGAGAUACUGGUGGAGCGUUAGGCGCUGUAUACAAGAAUAGUAAACCAGAAUUGAAUAAUCUUAUAUGUGCUGUGACACUCUGCGAUCCAGGUGAUAUCGUCCUACUAGGAUCUGAUGGUCUAGUCGAUAACUUUGAUCCGGUGAUUACACGUUUAGCUGUUCCAGAAUCACCACAUUUAGAUUUUGUUGAUGAAGAAGACGAAGAAGAAACAGCAGCAAUUGAAGACCAAGAUGAAGAACACCAUGAACAUGAAGAAGCUUCUCCCACGGAUGAUUUAGGAGUUAUUAAUAUUAGCAAUAGCAGUUCUGCUAAAAGUACUUCCUCCUCCUCAUCUAAUUCUACUAAAUCACCUACUUCUCCGUUAUGGCGUCCAUCCAAAUUAUGGCUGAAUAAUUCUUCAAUAACUCCACCACCUCAAGUAAGUAUUUGGCCACAGCCGCCACCACCCCCUACGACAACUGAUUCAAUUAAAUUAUUCUAUCCAAAUGUUACAACCAUCAGCCAAUCAACGGAUAAUGAAACCAACACAAUCUGUGCUCAACAAAUUAACUUUACUAAUCAACUCGAGUUGAACUGGUAUGAGCGUAGACGAUAUGCUGCAAAAGAACUUGAACGUGUCUGGCAUGAAUUAGAUAUUAGUACAGAGACGCAGAAAACUUCACAUGUAUCAGAUGGGAUAUUUAGUUCAAAAGAUUUAUGUGAAGCUUUAAUAAAUUAUGCCUAUCAUAUCACCACGAAAAGACGUGAAUGGUUAGAGAAUCCUGAAUAUGCACAUUUAAGACCUAGUCAAACUCCAGCUCAUAGUAGUAAUAGUCAAAAUCAUAAUAAAAAUAUUAGUAAUAGUAAUAACAAUAAUGGUGAUGGGGAUGGUAAUGUUAAUAAUAAAUCUUGUAAUGAUAAUAAUGGUUACUCAUUCGAUACACAAAAGAAAUGGUUCACUGAUAUGCUUAAACGUAUGCCGGGGAAACUAGAUCACGCCACAGUUGUCGCCUAUGAAGUAGGCGUGUAUCACGGCAAUGAAAAUGAAGUCUAUGAAGAGACAGCACAUCGAUAUGCUACACCGAUGACAUUGAAUUCACCAGUGCAUAAUAAUUCAGUGAUUCCUUCAGAGGUAAAAUAAUGUGAAAUCUUUGUUCGUGUUUGUACAGGAAUAACUUCAGAGGAAUACACUUACUUCCAUUCUUCUUCAUCGUCUUCUUAUUUUCCCGUGAUAUUUCUCUUUGUGAUCAUAUUCUUUAUUUUUCAGUUAUGAAUAGUUUAGAAAACACCUCAUGUAUAGACAGAUCCUUUCAGUCAUCUCUUUUUUCAUUCUUCAAUAUACACAGAUAAAAUAAUCCUAUUUUAUAGUAUGAUAAUAUGAACAGUAAUAAUAUUAUUAUUCAGGACAUUUUUUUAAAAAAUUUACAUCACUAAAAAUACGUACAUACAUGUACAUAUAUCAUUUAUCCAUCAAAAUAGGAUGCUUGAAACGCGCGCUUCGCUGCUAAUGUUCAAUGUUUCAAUAUUUUUCAACACUCAUAGCAUAUAAUAGUAGCGUUAUUAUUUAUGUAAUUUUGAAGAAAAGAAAACGUGUCACAUAUGUAUUUUUGAGAAAAAACAAACGAACUAUUUCUGUUGUUUUUGUUUUGAUUUAUUUAAAUAUUUAUUCAUUCAUGUACAGUAAAUUGAUAAGUCUUGUUCUGUUUCUGUGUUUAACUCUAUCGAAAAAUCAUUAUAACAUGAAAAUACAUAUGCAAAUUAGGAUUAAUUCUCAUUAUGAAUAUGAUAAAUAUAAAGACACUUUUCGGAGAGAAUCUAUUGUCUUAUUAUCUUG